GGGUGGUGGUGACAGCUGCUGGUGAUGAUCCCCAUGAUUUUAUUUUAUACUUUUUAGCAGGUUGACAUCUAGAGGAGCUAGUUUCUUCAGUAUACAAACAGGGGUGCACCUGGGAGGAUGUUUGAUUUGCAGAGAGAGUGGAGCAUCUCCUUCGCAGGCUGCGGCUUCAUGGGGAUUUAUUAUGUUGGUGCCAGCAGCUGUUUGCUUGGACGCUUCCCUCGCCUCAUACAGGACGCAUCUAAAAUCUAUGGCUCUUCCUCGGGGGCUCUGAUGGCUGCUGCUCUGGCUAUUGGAACUCCUCUAGAGAAAUGCUGUGCAGAUUUGAUGUGUAUGGCUAAAGAAGCCAGGAAGCACAAACUGGGGCCCCUGCACCCAGCCUUCAGCCUGCUGCAGAUGGUGCAGGACUCUCUGCAGGGAAGCCUUCCAGAGGACGCCCAUGUCCGAGCCUGUGGGAGACUGUGUGUGUCCCUGACCAGAGUGCCUGAUGGGAAGAAUGUACUAGUGUCAGAGUUUGACAGCAGAGAUGAGCUUAUUCAGGUCCUCUUGUGCAGCUGCUUCGUCCCUUUCUACUGUGGUGUUGUUCCACCCACAUACAGAGGACUGCAUUAUGUGGACGGCGCCAUCAGUGACAACCUCCCUCUGUGUCACCUGAAAAACACUAUAACGAUUUCCGCGUACGCCGGCGAGAGUGACAUCUGCCCCCUGGCCAGCUCGCUCAACUUGCACGAGGUGCGCUUCAACAACGUCAGCAUCCACGUCAGCUCGGAGAACAUGCAAAGAGUGACCAGCACCUUCUUCCCCCCCGAGCCUGAGGCAAUGUCUCAAAUCUGCCAGAAUGGCUAUAUAGAUGCUCUCCGCUUCCUGCAAGACAACAAUCUCAUCAGCAGCGAGUGUCCACAGAGAAGUCUGGAGACGGACUCGCCCAGACCUGCUUGUUGUGAGCUGGUGAAGGAGCAGGCAGACGCUGAGGGGUCCUGUGAGAACACGCGGCAGAAUGGACUGAGACGUCCUCAGAUGGAGCACUUCUGGCUGGAUCUACACCUCAUAGAGAAGCUCCCAGUUAACAUCAGAAGUGUGUUGUGUGAGGCCUGUAGGGAAUCACGCUCUGCUGAUGGUCUGUUAUCCCACAUGGCCGACUACCUGCCGAAGAAAGUGACGUCAUACCUGCACAUCCCUCGCACCCUGCCCGUUGAGUCGGCCUGCUCUCUAGCCCACAGACUGGUGGAUUGGAUCCCAGAUGUGCCCAAGGACAUGACCUGGUUCUGUGACAUGGCUGAGAACAUAUACAGAUGUACCAGCCUGCCAUCAGGCCUGAACAUGCUGAAUAACAGAACAGAAGAUGCAAGCACGCCUCCAGUGACUCCAGAAGAUGCUCCCCCCUUCAGCCUCACCUUCACCUGGGACCCACACGGUGAGGCGGGCCACAUGCCCCUGACCCCACCCCCCACGCCUCAGUGGGAUGCCACAGCAGAGUCGCCAGGCGGACGCUGGGGGCUGGGCAGAGCCGUGGGGUGGAUCCAAAAUGUUGCAUUUGAGCAAACUUCAAACUUUAGGAAAACAGAAGAUUCAUUGUCCUUUUCUGCAUUCAAGUAAAUAUGUUUGAUUUUUUCAUUUUCACUGUAAAGAAAAAAGAAGGUUGUUGAAUAAAUAAAUGCAAACAU